AUGGGUUUCUCCACCAAGGAAGUUUUCCGCUGGUUGAAUGAGAGCCUAUCCCCGCCCUCCUCUCACCCCAGGGCCUAUAAAGGCUGCUGUCUGCUCACCCUGCCAGCAGACGCUCCCUCGGCAAGGACACCAGGGGACCUACCUGGUGGGAGAGAAGCAACUCCAGACCACCGUGGAAAUAGCUCCUAGACAAGCAAGCAUCCAGCCAAGCAGGUUCUGUUCCUCUCAUACACUGGCUCGAGGCUCCACAUCACCCUCUGGAAAGGACACCAUGAGCACAGAAAGCAUGAUCCGGGACGUGGAGCUGGCAGAGGAGGCACUCCCCCAAAAGGCGGGGGGCCCCCAGGGCUCCAGGCGGUGUCUGUGUCUCAGCCUCUUCUCCUUCCUGCUUGUGGCCGGAGCCACCACGCUCUUCUGUCUUCUGAACUUCGGUGUGAUCGGCCCCCAGAGGGAGGAGAAGUUCCCGAAUAACCUGCCUAUCAUCAGCUCCAUGGCCCAGACCCUCACACUCAGAUCACCUUCUCAAAACUCAAGCGACAAGCCUGUGGCCCAUGUUGUAGCAAACCAGCAAGCGGAGGAGCAGUUGGAGUGGCUGAGCCAGCGUGCCAAUGCCCUCCUGGCCAAUGGUAUGGAACUCAGAGACAACCAGCUGGUGGUGCCAUCAGACGGGCUAUACCUCAUCUACUCCCAGGUUCUCUUCAAGGGCCAAGGCUGCCCCAACUAUGUGCUCCUCACCCACACCGUCAGCCGCUUUGCUGUCUCCUACCAACACAAAGUCAACCUCCUCUCUGCCAUCAAGAGCCCUUGCCCCAAGGAGACCCCUGAGGGGGAUGAGCUCAAGCCCUGGUAUGAGCCCAUCUACCUGGGAGGCGUCUUCCAGCUAGAGAAGGGUGACCAACUCAGCGCCGAGGUCAAUCUGCCCAAAUAUUUAGACUUUGCUGACUCUGGGCAGGUCUACUUUGGGAUCAUUGCUCUCUGAGGGGGAUGGACCUCUGUCUUCUCUCUCCCCUCCCUUACUGUGACCCCUUAACUAUCUACUUCUCAGACUCCCACCACCCCCUUCUGACUUAGAAAAGGAAUUAAUGGCUCAGGGUUGGGCCUCCCAAGCUCAGAAUUUUCAACUACAGCACUCAGAAAACUAGGAUGCUAGGGUGGUGGCCUGGACUAGCUAUCAUCAAAAUUCAAACUGCGGCUUGCAGACCUCACUGGGCCUCAAAUCUUGAUUCCUGAAUUUUACCUGGGACAUCUGGACUUGGGGGAGGGAGCAGGCAGCCUCUGACAUGGAACACUCCUGGAGAAGAUACUCAGGCCUUCCUUCCUCAGAUGUUUCCAGAUGUUCCCCUGAGAUGCAGUGUCCAGCCCUCCUCACAGAGCCAGGCCCCUCUAUUUAUGGUUGCACUUAUGAUUAUUUAUUUAUUAUUUAUUAUUUAUUUAUUUGCUGAUGAAUGUA